AUGUCUACACGGAAUAGUGAAGUAGAGAUAAAUGGUUGGACGACAUUCGAUGUACCAAAUCAAUUUGAAGAUCUACAAAAGCAACUUGCUACUGGUUCUUAUUAUGUACAAAAUGUUCUUGAUCUUGCUGAUAUUAAUACACGCUUACAAAAUCUUUCACGAAUUCGAGAACCAAAAGAACUGCUUGAUAUGUUUUCAUUAUUCUACAGUAUUGCUAUUCAUUUUGAUAAAGUAUCGAUUACUGGACGUUCACAAGCAGUUGAAAUAUUACUUCGAUUAACGGCAAGUGAAAUGUCUGAAGCUCAACGACGAAUUCAUAUUGGUCUUUCACCUGAUGAUCGACGUUUUCAUUUAAAUAUUGUUAAAAUGCUUUCAUGUUUACUUGCUGAAUAUAUUAUUCGAUUUGAUAAUGAUCAAGCAAAUAAAUCAUCAGAUUUUGAUAUGCCUGCACCAAAAAAAGGUAAAAAAGCUAAAGAAGCAGAAAAUGGUGGAAAACCAAUAUUAACAUCUGAUUCAUUGAGAGAUAAAUGUUUAAAAGGUGUUUGUGAUAUUCUUCGAUCACAUAUUAAAGCAUUAUGGGAUUCAUCAAUAAUUGAUGAACAAUUUGUUAAAUGUGUAACUAAACCAUGUUAUCAUUUAAUACGUCGAACAGAUAUUGCAAAAAAUCCAAUUGUAAAAGAAAAUCUUCCAUUAAUACUUACGAUUAUGAUUAAUAAAUUUGAACAUGCACGAGAAGCUUCUAUUCAAUUUAUUCAAGCAGUUAAACUUUAUGAUAGUAAUUCAAGUUUAUUGAUUACUGUUCUUAAUUCACUUUUAAUUGAUUAUCAAGAUACAUCAUUAGCUAUUGAAUUAUUAAAAGAAAUUUGUGAAACUAAUUUUGUUGCUGCACAAGCUGACAAUGCAUCUGCUAAAACCAUGGCUACAUUUAUUAUUGAUAUGGCUAGACUUGAUCCACAUAUUAUUCGAACACAUAUUGAUCAAAUAACUGAUCUAUUAACAGCUGAAAGUCAUCAUAUUCGUGUUGCUGCUUUAACAGCAUUAUGUUCUGUUAUUGAAAAACUUCUUUCAUCUGAUGAAUUAGAUGAUGGACAAAGAAAAAUGCGUGAUGAUCUUUUACAAAUAUUACGUGAACAUGUAUCUGAUGUAACAGCAUUUGUUCGUCAACAUUGUUUACAAUUAUGGACAUUACUUGUAAUACAAAAAAAAGUUCCUGUUAGACAAUAUAUUCGAGCAUUUGAAUUAGGACUUGAUCGUUUAAGAGAUUCAGCUUGUGCCGUUCGAAAAGAUGCUGUAACACUUGUUAUGCAUAUGGUUCUUAAUAAUCCUUAUUUUGUUGUUGACUCAACUCGAACUCAAUUUGAAGAAAGACAAAAUGAUGCUGAAACAAAAUUAGCUGAACUUCGUCAAGAACUUGACAAAUUAAAUAAAAAUAUAAAAGAAGAUAAAAAAAUAGAAGAAAAAAAAUCUCAAUCGGAUGACGAAGAUAGUGGAGCAGAAGAUAAAAGUUUUGAUGAAGAUAAUGAAAUGAAUGUUGAUAAUAAUGAAAAAAAAGAAACAGAAGAAAAUAAGGAACCAAAUGAAGAUCAAUCUCUUCAAGAAACUUUAAAUCGUGUGAAAAUUGAAGAACAAAUUAUUCGUGUAGAAGAAAUUGUUGCUUUGUUUAAAGAUGGUCUUCAAUUUAUGGAUUUAAUUGAACAAGCAAAUCGACAUGUUGUAAAUUUAUUUAAUUCUCCAACAUUAGCUGAUUGUAAACAAGCAGUCGAUUUUUUUGUUAAUCUUCGUCAUUAUCGUCUUGUUUUGCCAAAUAUUGAACAAAGUUUACGCUUAAUGUUUAGUCUUAUUUGGUCUGUUGAUAAAUCAAUAUGUGAAGCAAUUACACAAGCUUUUGUUAAAAUUUAUUUUGAUGUUGGACCAACAAUUCCUUCAGCCGGCAGAAAAACUGCUCGUGCUGGUGGAGCGAAGAAAGGUAAACAAACAACAAGUCGUAGUAAAGCAAAAGCAGCACAAUCUGAUGAUGAUGACGAUGAUGAUUUAAAAGAAAAUAGUGGUGAUGAUGAUGAUGAAAAUGAUUUUAAACGACCAAUGAGAAAAGAACCAAAAGUACAAACAAUAAGUCGAUCAAAACGUGGUGCGGCCGUAACUGCACGUAAAAAAGCAGCUGUGGUAGCGAGUGAUGAUGAAGAUGAUGAUUAA